ACGCUGACCAUAUCGCAAACUAAGGAAGGAGGUACAGCCUACUAUAUAGCCGAAUCAUAUAAACGCCUCUUUGCCGAAACUCUAACUACAGAAAUCAAGCUCACUCAACCUCCAUUACUAGUACACUUUUUGUUUAAUCACCUGAAACAAUGACAUCCCGUCCCUUCGUCAGGAAUUUGACCUUCCAGUCCAACAACCUUGGCAAACAGGUCACGCUCAUGCUCGCUUGGGAUGCUCACAUGGAAGGUCUAUACAAUGAUGUCUUCCCAAUAGUUUGGAAGGUCAGCAAGUUCGGAAAGGAGGGUCUAUUUUGGCUUCAAGCAACCUACACGGCCCAACUUGCUUUCUCCAAAACCCAGGUCAAUAAUGGGGAGGUAACUAGCGCUGGAACCUCUGUCAAUAUCAAUAACGGCGAGAAAACAACCCUGACAGAGACCAACGAGCUCUAUCAAUUCUCUCCCCCUGAGGCAGGAACCCCUGACACCCUGCAGGCCGUGAACUACACUGGAACCAUUGAAGAUAUCGCAGUUGGCUUUGUCAAUAAAGGUCAUUUGAUACCCACGCCCGUACUCUACUUCAGCGAUAUCGGAGAUGGCAGUCGUGUCAAGGUAAAGUUCACUCCGGUUCUGUGCGCCUACAUCACGUCGGACUAUAAAGAGGCUGCGAUCUUACGAGGUCAAGUAGACGCCACUGCGAUCUGGACACAAGACCUCACUGCGCUUUCCCAGAGCACGACUUGGAACCUCACGCGCGACCCGAACACUGGACGUUACUCGAUCGCUCAUGCUUGAUUAACGAAUGCGACAUUGAUGCACCUCAAUAUAUGUUCUGUGGGGUCUGCAUCGCAGUGUUUUCUCUUCU